UAAUUUUCGAAUUGGGCUUUUACGACGGGGCCUAUUUGCUGAUUGGCCUUCCUCUCGGCGCUCAACUCCCACACUCCUCUCCGACUUCCGAAAACCCCCGAUCCUCCGAUUCUGUUGUCAUUCUCUAUCCGUCUGAUCAAUUUCGUUCUCUCUUUCAAUUCACUCCAAAUCAAUCACUACAAUUCAAAAUCAACACCAAACGUACCAAACCAUACUCAAGAACAUUCUCGAUCCAAUCCCAAAGGUAACAACUUACAUCUUAUUUUCUCCGAUUACUCCCUUCUCUCUCACUACGUGCUCUGUAUAUCACUUCAGUAAUAUUCAUCCAUCAUUUGUUAAAGAUGAAUCUCUAAGUUGGUAACUGAUUGGAAGAACAUUGCCCAAGCUAGAUCUGCUACUUCUUUCCAUUCUCUGCUUCCAUCGGAAAUCGAUUUGGUUCGAAUGAGGUGAAGUUGAUUGUAUAAUGAGUUUGUUGAGGGCUUACUAGGUUAAGUCAAUAGUAACAAUAUUAUGGAAGAAGAAGCACAAAAACUUGGGGAAGUUUCUUGGAAGGGUUCUGAUAUUAACAAAGAACGCAGUGGCAAUGAUGGAAGGGUAGGAACACGUGAUGUAGAAUAUGUCAAUAUUAAUGGUGGUGAAACAGAUGGUAUAGUAAGUAACAAUACAGUUUUGCAAAGUGCUGAUACUGUAACUACGGCAUUGAAUGAUGACCAAUUUGAGCAGGUUUCUUUAAAAGAUAAAGAAAGUGUCGGGGAUUUUCAGGGUGGUCAUAUAGAUUUAAAUAAACCUUUAAGUUCAGAUAAAUUGAGACACUCUUCUGGUGGGAGUGAAGAAGCCUAUGAUUUUUCAUCUGGGAAAUUUACUUCAGAGUUCGAUUAUUCCUCAGUUUCUGAGGCACCCCAUGAUCAAUAUAGUUCGAGCCCUGGGCCUGAGAGACAAUCGGUUCAUCACAUCCGACAGUCAUCCUCUUCGACUAGUAUUGAUUCUGCUAGUGGAUAUGCUCAUGUUGGUUCGCCACAAAGGCCUAGGCUAAAACCCGUUUUGCCAAAUGUGUCUCCAGAGCUCCUGCAUUUAGUAGAUUCUGCUAUUAUGGGGAAGCCCGAAAGCUUGGACAAGCUGAAGAAUAUUGUAAGUGGUGUUGAGAGUUUUGAAAAUGGAGACGAGGCUGAGAGUAUUGCUUUCUUGGUAGUUGAUUCACUUCUUGCCACAAUGGGAGGUGUUGAAUCUUUUGAAGAUGAUGAGGAUAACAAUCCUCCUAGUGUGAUGCUGAACUCCAGGGCUGCCAUUGUAGCAGGUGAGCUUAUUCCUUGGCUUCCAUGGCCGGGAGAUGUUGAGGGCCUCAUGUCCCCCAGGACUCGGAUGGUUAGAGGAUUGCUUGCUAUAUUGAGUGCUUGCACAAGAAACAGAGCGAUGUGCUCCAUGGCUGGUUUGUUGGGAGUUCUUUUGCGAUCAGCUGAGAAGAUUUUUGUUCAGGAUGUUAAUUCAACAGAACAAUUGGGAUGGGAUGGAACUCCUUUAUGCUACUGCAUCCAGUACCUAGCCGGACAUACACUUAGUGUAAUUGAUUUGCAUAGAUGGUUUCAAGUCAUCACAAGGACAUUUACCACUGCAUGGGCAGGUCGUUUAAUGCUUGCUUUGGAAAAGGCCAUUGGUGGAAAGGAGUCAAGGGGUCCAGCUUGCACAUUUGAGUUCGAUGGUGAAAGCUCUGGUUUGCUUGGUCCAGGAGAGAGUCGUUGGCCUUUCACUAAUGGAUAUGCAUUUGCAACUUGGAUCUACAUCGAAUCAUUUGCGGACACUUUAAAUACAGCAACUGCUGCUGCUGCAAUUGCUGCUGCUGCUGCAGCCAAAUCAGGGAAAUCGUCAGCCAUGUCAGCUGCUGCUGCUGCCAGCGCACUUGCUGGUGAAGGCACUGCACACAUGCCGCGGCUGUUCAGCUUCUUAUCCGCUGAUAAUCAGGGUAUGGAGGCAUAUUUUCACGCUCAGUUUUUGGUAGUUGAAAGUGGUAGUGGCAAAGGAAAGAAGGCGUCCUUGCAUUUUACUCAUGCAUUCAAGCCGCAAUGUUGGUAUUUUAUUGGUUUGGAGCAUACAUGUAAGCAGGGGCUUAUUGGGAAAACAGAGAGUGAGCUAAGGUUGUACAUUGAUGGAUCCUUGUAUGAAAGUCGUCCCUUUGAUUUCCCACGGAUUUCCAAGCCACUUGCAUUUUGUUGCAUCGGGACCAAUCCUCCGCCUACAAUGGCUGGUUUACAACGUCGUCGUCGUCAAUGCCCUUUAUUUGCUGAGAUGGGGCCUGUAUAUAUCUUUAAGGAACCUAUUGGGCCAGAGAGGAUGGCACGUUUGGCUUCUAGAGGAGGGGAUGUGCUGCCUUCUUUUGGUAAUGGGGCUGGGCUACCAUGGCUAGCAAUGAGUGAACAUGUUCAAAGUAUGGCAGAAGAAAGUGCACUUUUGGAUGCAGAAAUUGGAGGAACCAUUCACCUUCUGUAUCAUCCCAAUUUACUGAAUGGGCGCUACUGUCCAGAUGCUUCCCCAUGUGGUGCUACAGGAUUGCUUCGGAGACCGGCUGAAGUUCUUGGGCAAGUGCAUGUUGCCACAAGAAUGCGGCCCGUAGAGGCUCUGUGGGCCUUGGCCCAUGGAGGUCCCUUGUCUUUACUUCCAUUGGCAGUAAGCAAUGUCCAUGGAAAUAGCUUGGAACCACAACCAGGAAAUCAUUCUUUGUCUUUGACCACAACUGCUCUUGCUGCUCCAAUAUUCAGAAUUAUCUCCAUUGCUAUUCAACACCCUAGUAAUAAUGAAGAAUUGUGCCGUACAAGAGGGCCUGAGAUAUUGUCAAGAAUAUUAAAUUAUCUUCUGCAAACUUUGUCUUUGCUUGACGUUGGUAAGCGUGAUGGAGUAGGAGAUGAAGAACUCGUUGCAGCAGUUGUCUCGUUAUGCCAAUCACAGAAAAAUAACCAUGCUCUCAAAGUUCAGCUUUUCAGUACACUGCUGCUUGAUCUGAAGAUUUGGAGCUUAUGCAACUAUGGACUCCAAAAGAAGCUUUUAUCAUCACUUGCGGAUAUGGUUUUCACAGAGUCAUCUGUAAUGCGAGAUGCUAAUGCUAUUCAGAUGCUUCUUGAUGGCUGCAGGAGAUGCUAUUGGACUAUUCGCGAAAUCGAUUCAGUGAACACAUGUUCUCUGAAUGAAACAACACGGCCUGUUGGCGAGGUGAAUGCUUUGGUUGAUGAACUCUUAGUGGUUAUUGAACUCCUAGUUGUAGCAGCUUCUCCUUCACUGGCUAUGGAUGAUGUCCGAUGUUUACUUGGGUUCAUGGUUGACUGUCCACAACCUAAUCAGGUUGCCAGGGUGUUGCACCUGAUCUACAGGUUGGUGGUGCAGCCAAAUUCAUCUAGAGCUCACACAUUUGCAGAGGCAUUUAUAGCAUGUGGCGGGAUAGAAACACUUCUUGUCCUGCUGCAGCAGGAAGCAAAGGCCGGAGACUAUGAUAACCCAGAUUUUUCAAUUGAGAAUGAUGAAACUGUGUCAUUCACCGGAUCUGAACUGGACAAUGGUAGUGUGGUUUUGGGAAGUAGUCAUGGUGAUGAUUUACGAUCCUCUGAGGAAAAGGAAUUGAGUUCCCAUGGAAAAGAUUUUGAACACAAGUCUUUCAAUAGCGGUGGCAGCAUUGUUGGUCUUUCCAGAGGUGCUGAUAUUGAAAGGAUGGCGUCUGCCUCUGAGAGCCCUUUGAUAAAAAAUCUGGGUGGUAUAAGCUUUUCUAUAAGUGCUGACAAUGCACGGAAUAAUGUCUAUAAUGUUGACAAAGGCGAUGGUACUGUUGUUGGGAUCAUUAGAAUGUUAGGUGCUUUAGUUACAUCUGGGCAUCUGAAAAUUGGUUCACACGCCCCUUUAGAUUUGACAAGCAACCUUCUGGGUUUGCUUGAGGGAGGUGGUACGAUGUUUGACGAUAAAGUUUCUCUUCUACUUUUUGCUUUACAGAAGGCUUUUCAAGCAGCGCCAAAUAGGCUUAUGACCAGCAAUGUGUACACGGCUUUAUUAGGCGCCGCGAUAAAUGCUUCUUCAACAGAUGAUGGGCUGAACUUUUAUGAUUCUGGCCUUCACUUUGAAUAUUUAAAGCUUUUGUUGGUUCUUCUUCGUUCACUUCCAUAUGCACCAAGGGCAUUGCAAAGCCGAGCAAUACAGGAUCUUCUGUUUUUGGCUUGCAGUCACCCAGAAAAUAGAAGCAGUCUUAUUAAAAUGGAGGAAUGGCCUGAGUGGAUUUUAGAGGUUCUUAUAUCCAAUUAUGAGAUUCGUGCAUGUAAAGAUUCAAAUUAUUCAAGCUUUGAAGAUGUUGAAGACCUCAUACACAAUUUCCUGAUAAUUAUAUUAGAGCAUUCAAUGCGCCAGAAGGAUGGGUGGAAGGACAUUGAAGCUACGAUCCAUUGUGCAGAAUGGCUUUCUAUGGUUGGUGGAUCUAGCACAGGGGACCAGCGAAUAAGACGUGAGGAAUCGCUGCCUAUUUUUAAACGAAGGCUGUUGGGUGGCUUGCUUGACUUUGCUGCCAGAGAACUACAACUUCAGACUCAAGUUAUUGCUGCAGCAGCUGCUGGUGUUGCAGCUGAGGGCUUGUCACCAAAAGAUGCUAAGGCCGAAGCAGAGAAUGCUGCUCAGCUCUCUGUGGCUUUGGUUGAGAACGCAAUUGUGAUUCUAAUGCUUGUUGAAGAUCAUUUACGACUACAAAGCAAACUUUAUAGUUCUUCACGUUCUGUUGCUGCUUCUGCUUCUCCUCUUUCCGCAGGUUCCCGCUCGAAUUCAAUCACGAUUGGUGGGGAAUCUUUAGAUUCUGCAGUGGAUUACAAGUCACCGUCUAGCGACUCUGGAGGACUCCCUCUUGAUGUACUUGUAUCAAUGGCUGAUGAAUAUGGGCAAAUUUCUGCCUCAGUGAUGGAACGGCUUACUGCUGCAGCAGCAGCUGAACCUUAUGAGUCUGUUUCCUGUGCUUUUGUGUCUUAUGGGAGCUGCGCUCUGGAUUUAGCUGUGGGUUGGAAAUACAGGAGUCGAAUGUGGUAUGGAGUUGGUCUGCCUUUAAAAACAGAGUCACUUGGUGGUGGCGGCAGUGGCUGGGAAUCUUGGAAAUCUGCUUUGGAGAAAGAUGCAAAUGGAAACUGGAUUGAACUUCCUUUAAUAAAGAAGUCAAUUGCCAUGCUCCAAGCUUUGUUGUUAGACGAGUCUGGACUUGGUGGUGGUCUUGGUAUUGGAGGAGGAUCUGGUACUGGAAUGGGCGGCAUGGCAGCACUUUAUCAAUUAUUGGACAGUGACCAACCAUUCUUGUGCAUGCUCCGGAUGGCGCUUGCUUCAAUGAGGGAAGAAGAUGACGGUGAAGAUAGCAUGCUUAUGAGGAAUGUAAACAUUCAGGAUGGAUUGGCUGAUGGAUUACAUGGGCAAGCUGACAACACUGCAUCCUUAGAUAAAAAUGCUCGAAUGUCAACAAGGAAACCACGAUCAGCAUUGCUGUGGAGUGUGCUUUCACCGGUUCUGAACAUGCCGAUUUCUGAGUCUAAGAGACAGAGGGUGUUGGUUGCAUGUUGCAUUCUCUAUUCUGAGGUGUGGCAUGCUGUCAGCAGGGAUAGAAUCCCUCUUCGUAAACAGUAUCUCGAGGCAAUUUUGCCCCCUUUUGUUGCUGUUUUAAGGAGAUGGCGGCCAAUUUUGGCAGGAAUUCAUGAACUUGCUACUGCAGAUGGUUUGAAUCCUCUUGCUAUUGAUGACCGUGCACUGGCUGCAGAUGCCCUACCAAUAGAGGCUGCUCUUGCCAUGAUCUCUCCGGGAUGGGCUGCUGCUUUUGCUUCUCCACCUGCUGCAAUGGCACUGGCAAUGAUUGCUGCUGGUGCUGCUGGUGGGGAAACCACAACACCGGCAAAAAAUGCACAGUUUAAACGUGACCACUCCUCAUUGCUUGAGAGGAAAACGGGUAGGCUUCAAACAUUUUCAAGCUUUCAAAAACCUUUGGAGGUACCUAGCAAAUCGUCAGCUGUUCCGAAGGACAAGGCUGCUGCAAAAGCUGCUGCCUUGGCUGCUGCACGCGAUAUUGAACGCAAUGCAAAGAUUGGUUCUGGAAGAGGGCUCACUGCUGUGGCAAUGGCCACAUCUGCACAGCGGAGGAGUGAGAGUGAUACGGAACGUGUAAAAAGAUGGAAUGUUUCUGAAGCAAUGGGAACUGCCUGGAUGGAAUGCUUGCAGUCAGUUGAUACAAAAUUGGUCCAUGCGAAAGAUUUUAAUGCUUUAUCCUAUAAAUUCAUUGCUGUUCUUGUUGGUAGUUUAGCUUUGGCUAGAACCAUGCAACGAUUUGAGGUUGAGAGGCGCAGACAAGUUGAUGUAAUAGCUAGGCAUCGUCUAUAUACUGGUAUACGUGCGUGGCGUAAACUCAUCCAUUGCUUGAUAGAGAUGAAAUGUCUAUUUGGGCCGUUCAGAGACCCUUUAUGCAAUCCUGAGCGUGUUUUCUGGAAGCUAGACGUUAUGGAAAGUUCCUCGAGGAUGAGGCAAUGUUUGAGGAGGAACUACAGAGGGUCUGACCAUUUGGGUGCUGCUGCCAAUUAUGAAGAUCAUAUGGAGCUGAAACAUGACCAAGAUAAUGCCAUAAAUCCAUCUAAAGCCUCUGUUUUGGCAGCGGAAGCUAUUUCAAUGGAGGUAGUAAACGAGGAUGAUGAACAGGAAGACAUUGACAAUGUAGUGGGUAGGACAGAUAAUGUAGAACAGCAUGGGGAGAUUCAGGCAAGGAUGUCUGCAAUGGCUGAGCAACCCCUUCAGGCGUCAGUGGAAUCUGGACACCCUCAAGUUAUUAGCAAUGAGGACUUGGUGCGAAAUCCAUCAGCAGUUGCCCCUGGCUAUGUUCCUAGUGAACUUGAUGAAAGAAUUGUUCUUGAGCUUCCGUCUUCAAUGGUCCGGCCGUUAAAGGUUCUACGAGGAACAUUUCAGAUAACAACAAGAAGAAUUAACUUUAUCGUUGAUAAUACUGAGAGCAAUGCAACGAGUGAUGGAUUGGAUUGCAGUUCUGAGCGUGGAGUCCAGGAAAAGGAUCAGAGCUGGUUGAUGUCUUCCCUUCAUCAAAUAUUUAGCAGAAGAUAUCUUCUGAGAAAAAGUGCACUGGAAUUAUUUAUGGUUGAUCGGUCGAACUUCUUCUUUGAUUUUGGGAGUACUGAGGGGAGAAGAAAUGCAUAUCGCGCUAUUGUUCAAACACGUCCACCUCAUUUGAACAAUAUUUACCUGGCAACUCAGAGGCCUGAAAUACUUCUGAAGAGAACUCAACUUAUGGAGCGUUGGGCUAGGUGGGAGAUCAGCAAUUUUGAAUAUUUAAUGCAGCUCAACACACUUGCUGGACGUAGUUAUAAUGACAUCACUCAGUAUCCCGUUUUCCCAUGGAUUCUUUCUGAUUACAGUUCAAAAAGUUUGGAUUUUGCCAAUCCGUCUUCUUACCGAGAUCUUUCAAAGCCCAUAGGUGCACUAAAUGCCGAUCGGUUAAAGAAAUUCCAAGAGAGAUAUUCCAGCUUUGAUGAUCCAGUCAUCCCCAAAUUCCAUUAUGGUUCACAUUAUUCUACUGCUGGAACAGUGUUGUAUUAUCUUGUUAGGGUGGAACCAUUCACUACUCUUUCAAUUCAACUACAAGGUGGCAAGUUUGACCAUGCAGACAGAAUGUUUUCGGAUAUUCCUUCUACAUGGAAUGGAGUUCUUGAGGACAUGAGCGAUGUGAAGGAAUUGGUUCCUGAAUUGUUCUACCUCCCGGAGAUUUUAACCAAUGGAAACACAAUUGACUUUGGUACAACUCAACUUGGAGAAAAGCUUGAUUCUGUCAGACUUCCUAAUUGGGCUGAAAAUCCUGUUGAUUUCAUUCAUAAGCAUCGAAUGGCUCUUGAGAGUGAGCAUGUUUCUGCACAUUUGCACGAAUGGAUUGAUCUCAUAUUUGGGUAUAAACAACGAGGAAAAGAAGCUAUAUUGGCGAACAAUGUUUUCUUUUACAUUACCUAUGAGGGAGCAGUGGAUAUUGACAAAAUUUCAGACCCAGUACAACGACGUGCUUCACAAGACCAGAUUGCUUACUUUGGACAAACCCCAUCCCAACUUCUUACCAUCCCUCACUUGAAGAAGAUGCCACUAGCAGAUGUACUUCACUUGCAGACCAUCUUUCGGAACCCCAAAGAAGUCAAACCAUAUGUUGUUCCAUUUCCAGAACGUUGCAAUCUACCUGCUGCUGCCAUUCAUGCAUCUUCCGAUUCUCUCGUGAUUGUUGAUAUAAAUGCCCCAGCAGCACAUGUUGCACAACAUAGGUGGCAGCCUAAUACACCUGAUGGACAGGGGACACCAUUUCUUUUCCAACAUGGAAAGCCCAGUGGAACCUCCACUGGUGGAACAUUCAUGCGAAUCUUCAAAGGGCCAAGUGGCUCUGGUUCGGAGGAGUGGCAUUUUCCCCAAGCACUUGCAUUUCCGACUUCUGGAAUCAGAAGCUCAGCUGUAGUUUCCAUCACAUGUCACAAAGAAAUUAUUACUGGUGGGCAUGUGGAUAAUACUGUCAGGCUGAUAUCACCGGAUGGAGCAAAAGCCUUGGAAACAGCCCGAGGACAUUGUGCUCCAGUGACUUGCCUGGCUCUAUCACCUGAUAGCAAUUACCUUGUGACGGGAUCAGGGGAUGCAACAGUCCUACUCUGGAGGAUACAUGGGGCAUCCACUUCUCGCGCAAGCAGCAUAUCAGAGCCUUCCUCUGGCUCAGUCACGCCAACUUCGAAUAGCAGAAAUACUAUAGCAAACAUCUUGACAGACAAAAGCAGGAGACGCCGUAUUGAAGGUCCCAUACAUGUUCUCCGAGGCCAUCUAGGGGAAAUAGUCUGCUGUUGUGUCAGUUCAGAUCUUGGAAUUGUUGUCUCAUGUUCCAUCUCAUCGGAUGUUUUGCUGCACUCAAUAAGAAGUGGUCGCUUGAUCAGAAGGUUGGUUGAUGUGCAGGCACAUUCGGUCUGCAUUUCAUCUGAUGGGAUCAUAAUGGCUUGGAACAAAUCAUGUAAUGCUCUCACCACCUUUACUCUGAAUGGGACUCUGAUUGCUAGGGCGCAACUUCCUUUUACCUGUAGCAUUAGUUGCAUGGAGGUUUCUGUUGAUGGACAGAACGCUUUGAUUGGAUUGAACUCAAGCUCCGAAAAUGAUGGAGCCUUUGAGAAAAGCAGGCAUUUGCAGUCACAAGAGCCAGGGACUGAAUAUCUUGAUGAAGAAUCUGUUGAAACAAAUAAAGACAACAGAUUGGAUAUUCCAGCACCUUCCAUUUGCUUCCUUGAUAUUCAUUCUCUAAAGGUAUUCCAUACAUUAAAACUGGGUGAAGGGCGAGAUAUCACAGCUCUGGCUCUAAACAAGGAUAACACAAACCUUUUGGUGUCAACUGUUGACAAACAAUUGAUAAUCUUCACAGAUCCUGCUUUGAGCUUGAAGGUGGUAGAUCAAAUGCUCAAGCUUGGUUGGGAAGGUGAUGGGUUCAGCCCCCUAGUGAAAUGAAAGUUUCAUGGCAUAGACUUUUGAUUUGUCGAAGUAAUACCAACGUCUUCUGCAAGGUUAAUACAAUUCAAAUUGAUACAACAAGAGCAAGUUGAAUAGCUCUAUACAACACGCGGGGUGAAAUAUUAGAUUUACUGCAGGGUUUUCUGCAGUUUUUGAUUUGAUUGAGUCGUAAGGUUGCCGCCUUUGUGUUCGGAUGAGUAAUAGCCUUCACGAUGUUCAUUUUGUCCAAUUUUUUGUAUAUUACAGAAAAUGAAAAUUCAAUAGUGAUACACUCGUCUGCUGAUCUCAUGACAAUAUGACAUACACACUGUAGAUAUUUUUAUAAAAAUGUUUGUAUCUUAAUUUUUUUUUUUUUUGGUAUGUAAAUCAUAUCUUGUAACAAAGAGAAUUGACAUUGUUGAGAACUUUGUUAAAACUCUGGCGUGCUGAAAGUUUGAAAUGGUUAUUCAGAAUAGAAGUUAUUAUGGUCAAA